UAAAGCUCUUCGCUUCCUUUGUCUGGGGUUCCACAUUGACAUCGGAUUUUCCCAAUUUCCUGCCGGUGGGUUAUUCGGGUCGCUGGAAAUGGAUCCUCCACUCGUCAAUGAAUCUUCCUUCUCCGCUGCCAAUCCUUCUGCUUACAGCUUGGCCGCGAUUUGGCCUUUCGGAGGGGAGCAGGGUGGGAGCACAUUGGGACUUCGAAUGGCUAAUUUGGGUCAGAUUCUUGGUGGCUUCCCAGAGAGCUCCACGAAUCGCGAUGGAUCAAUGGAGGAAUCCACAGUGACGGAGCAGAGUGGCGGUGGGAGGAAGAGGAAGGAUGUGAGCUCCGAGGAUGAAUCUUCCAGAAUGGUUUCCACUAGUAGUGCGAAUCAAUUGAAUAAGUCAAAGGGUAAACGGAUGAAAGUAGUGGAAUCCAGGGAUGAAAAUGGUGAUAUAAAAGCUGAAGUGGAAUCUAACUCAGGAGAUGGUAAGAAGGCGGCUGAGCAAAGCCCGAAACCUUCUGAACCACCAAAAGAUUACAUCCAUGUGAGAGCGAGAAGGGGCCAAGCUACUGAUAGCCAUAGUUUAGCAGAAAGAGCAAGAAGAGAGAAGAUCAGUGAGAGAAUGAAAAUGUUGCAGGACUUAGUUCCAGGUUGUAACAAGGUCAUUGGAAAAGCACUUGUCCUUGAUGAGAUAAUAAAUUAUAUCCAAUCAUUGCAACGUCAGGUCGAGUUCCUCUCCAUGAAGCUUGAAACUGUGAAUUCCAGGAUGAACAUAAGCCCUGGCAUAGAGGUUUUUACCGCAAAAAAUAUUGUUAAUCAACCAUAUGAUGCAGCAGCUGGAAUAUUAUAUGGUUCACAAACAGCAAGAGAAUAUAGCCAAGGUGCACAACCUGAAUGGUUGCAUAUGCAGAUCGGUGGAAGUUUUGAAAGAACAUCUUAGAACUUAAUAGGCAUCUUCUUAUAACCAAAGGUCAAAAUUAUUUUGGCUUCCUCAUUUAGUUCACAGUAGGUCUAUUAUAUAUGUUUGAUCAUUUGGUAUCAAAUACUUGUAUUCUCUGCAGAAACUGAACCUACUUCCAAAUUUGUAUCUUACUGAGUAGUAAUUUGAACUCAUCAUUCUAAGCUUCCUUUACUUCUUCAAAUUCAGAGUUCC